AACUUGAGGUUUUUUAAAAAUGUUUUAAUCAUUAGUAGUCCUUUCAAGCAAGUUGAACAUAAUUAAUGACAAUUAAUAGUAGUUUGUUCAUGGUAAGGCAAUAAAUGAGAUAUAUUCAGACUUGAUAAAUUCAAUCCUGCCCUGAGCCCAGAUGGCAAUUCUGAUGAGGAUCAUAAACACUUGCCCACCACCCUGGAUGUAGACACAAUUGCAUGUAGUAGUAGAUACUGCUGAUCGUGAACACAAUGUGAAAAUUAUGACCCCCACUGCUGCCUGGAAAGAUAAAAGUAUUGAUCAAGCUAGUUAUGAAAAUCUUUGGACAUCAAAAUAUUCAAAAAUUAGUUGUUGUAUGAAUCAGCUGUUCAGCCUGAAGAAAUUAGCAAUUUCACUGCAGACUGUGGAUAGGCUGCUAAUGCAAUUUCUCCUAGGGCUCUUGGCAACAAUGCAAUUCAAUUCAAUWUUUUUAAUGGUAUUAGAUGACAGAUGACAAUGAUGAGGAGUCAAAAACCCCACCAAUGACAAAAUCUCAAAUCUGAAGAAAAUGAAGAAAAGCUUAAUAUUUUAUAUCACCUUGUGGAUUAGAAGAGGGUCAAUGCAGAAAACACCUACUACUACUACCUCUGUUCCUAAAUCUAAGUUUUUUCCAAAAUAAUGGUGCAGUAUUUACUUAACAGAUUUUGGAAUUGCAGGCGGUUGAAUUCUACAAAUGACUGUGUAUGACUGUGUAGAACAUGUAGAAUCAGUACUGCAACGAGUACCGUAGAAACAGUAUGGAGGAUCACUCGUGGAUCCAAUCAUGAGUCCCCGGGACCCAAAACUAUAUAUAUAUAACGACUGGAAACUAUAUAGUACUACUAGUACUAUACUAGUAAGAUCACGAGCACUAUAUGUAUAUAUAUAUAUAUAUAUAUAUAUAUAUAUAUAUCAAAGCAUCAACAUACUAAUAUAUACAGAUCAGUAUAUAACUAUAUGUAUAUACUUCCUCUCUACUAAUUCUCAGAACGAGAAUUAGAAUUCAGAACAGAACUAAUMGAUUGGGAGUUCUGYUCUAAAGUCACUCAGUACAAGCAGUACUAAGUUCUACACCAUCCAAGAACUGAGGAAAGUAGCACACACUUGACUUGUACUGCUUGGAUGUAUAUUUCUACUAUCRAUYGAACUCAAUCAUAMCUCACUGAAUCCAGUAUAACACGGGAAAGCACGUGAGAGGUGGAUUCAGUCUAUUUCAUUAGUUUUAGUCUCAMAAUCCUAAUUUAGAUACAAUCUAAAUACUACUACUACUACUAGUACUAAAACAAUUCAGUACRCAUUAUUUYGUGCAAGUCCUGAGGACUAAAAAUGUGCAUGCRCCUGAAUAAAAAUUAUUUUGAUUUUUACACAUGAAAAUAMUUUGUAUUAACAUGGGGAACUAAAGUUUGCAUUGACAAUGGUAACGGGCACCUCUUUUGAACAAGAAUGACUGAUACAAGAAAGUUCUCCRUAUUGAAGAGAAUUACAGCCUCAAAAAUGUAUCACUCUUAGCUAUCAUGUGCAAGUGGUGGCUUAUCAAAAUGACCAGUAGAACUCAACUGACGGUAUUUUCAUAUUGAUAAGAAAAAAUAAGCUUUUUUGAAGGCUUAUUCCAUUAUUGUUGCUGGUACAACAUUAUAAGUCAUAAUACAUUCAGAAAGUAUUAAACAAGAUCAGCAUAAUAAAAAAAGAAGCAGUGAAAUUGCACAAAUAUUGAGCUUAAACCAACCCAAGAGGUGCAAACUGCACCAAUAUUUAGGAACAGAGGUAGUACCUUGCUUCCCCUAGUAGGAAAAGAUGCUUUGUGCACMAGCUAGGAUGUACAAGAACAGCAGAAACUACUUUUAGGCAAUAUAAAGAAACUCCUCAAUGCAAUGGAUGGAAAAACAAGAUACCAGGGUACAGAACCAUACUUCAGAGUUGAGAUGGAAUGUGAGGUUCCCAACCUGAGGGUAACGGUUGUCCACUUCAUCAACAGCAACAUGCACCAGCACAACUAGGGUAUCAACAGAAAUGCUACAAAAAUAUUACCUAUUUUUAUCUCCCACAAUGGACGAGACAAUUAAUCACAAAGUCAGUAGUCAAAUACGUUGCCCUUACAUAUUAUGCUUUGAAGUAAUUACAGCUGUGCUCGCAAAAAGGGAUCAAUCGGCGACGAACGAGCUGCAUGCCAUGCACUACAAUACUACUAUUACCAUAGCCCCUACUAGUCUGCCCAUCGAAGCUCAAGCUCUUCAACAGUCUUUUCAAAACCGAGAACGUCGCGAAAUCUCGUUUGAAAUUAUAGACGUAACUCCCGGUUUGUCAUUCGACGUUUCGUGCAAUUGAUUCGACGGACAUUUAUCGAUCUACGUUUGACGAGAGCUAACGCAAAGGUGUUCUAUCUUGGUUCUCGUGUCACCUAAGGAAUGAACCGAUGUAUCCCUAUGAUUCACCCAGCAGUUCUUUCAUUACACUUCGAGAUACUCCACAUCUUCGGUGAUAAUUGCCUUUCGAUUGGGGUCCUCUGUCACUCUACCAAUAAUCCAAGGACCAAAGUCCAAGUCUUCGCCAUUGCUAUUGUAAUUGUAGGAAUCCUUUUCAAGCUGUCUCAGUUCUGUGCAAUACGCUAUAGCAUCCGAUUCUGUCAUAGAAAUCAUCAAGCCACCGCUGGUUUCGGCUGAAUAACCUGCUCUCAGUCGGAAAUUCAGGAUCUCGUCGUUUACUUUCAGUGUGUUUGCGAUGCAAGGCAGCGUAUGGAGUUCGACACCGCAUUCGGCGAUCUGGUUGUCCAUGAGGUUUUGUGCGUGCCCCAAAAUUCCAAAACCGGUAACGUCGGUAGCGGCAUGGGCGUUGUGUUUCGUCAUGAUCUUCGACGCGAGACGAUUGAGCUUGGACAUKGAUCGAACCGCUUUGUGCAUCAUUUCCUCGGCUUCUGAAUCCGUCAGCAAGGACUCACCAUUUGUUCCGUUGUCAUUUUCCAGGAUCUUGUCCCAAAACCUGUCGUGGCCGUGUUUUUGGUGUUUCUUUCUCCAUUCGUGCACAUUGACGGCAACCUGGGUUCCCAGGGGUUUGGUCAGCACCAGUACGUCCCCGAUUCGAGCUCCGUCGGAACUCACGUAUUCGUCYCGCGUCACAACGGAGGUCGCAACACCCCCGAUGAUGGGCCAGGGAUUCAGCACGGUUUGGCCACCCGUCACGGUAGUCUCAGCCUCCGUGCAGGCGUCGCGGAAUCCGCGUACCAUCAGAUUCGUGCAAAUGGUUCGCUGCUCCGGAGUCAUGUCCCGCGAGGCCGCCAGCAACAUGAGAACGAAAUCGCAGUGCUGGACACCCUCCGCGUAUAGAUCGGACAAGACGUUCGCRGCCCCAAUCCGACCUUGCAAGUAGGGGGAGUCCACCAGGGGAAAAAAGAAAUCGGUAGUACUAAUAAUAUAGUGGCCACCCU